CGUUGUUCUCUCAACAAAUAUGGCUGCCUUUGUUGUCAAACCUUCAAUUCUGUGCUGUAUUUUAAAGACUGCCAGAAAGUCGAGCGAGCGGCAGGCGUUCUUUUGGCGAAGUUACGCCACUGAUAGAGACGACAGAGUGCCCAAAAUCUACACCAAAACAGGCGACAAAGGCUUCUCAAGCACAUUUACUGGAGAAAGAAGACCGAAGGAAGAUCAUAUAUUUGAAGCCCUGGGAAACACAGAUGAACUCUCAUCAUCUAUUGGCUUGGCUAGAGAAUAUUGCCUUGAAAAAGGACACACAUUCACAUACCAGCUAGAAAAGAUACAAUGUAUUUUGCAAGAUGUUGGCUCCAAUAUCGCCACGCCUCAAUCAUCUGCAAGAGAAAGUCAUAUAAAUCGGACUCAAUUUACUGGAGCACCAAUAACAGACUUGGAAAGUUGGAUCGAUACGUUCACAGAUGAACUCCCACCUCUAACCAACUUCAUUUUACCUUCUGGGGGAAAGAGCAGCGCGGCCUUACACGUAGCUCGAACUAUCUGUCGCAGAGCCGAACGCAGUGUUGCUCCAAUAGUGCGCUCCGGAGAGGCUGAUCCAGAGAUUGGCAGGUUUUUGAAUAGACUAAGCGACUACCUUUUCACAGUGGCCAGAUACGCUGCCCUCAAAGAAAACAACAAGGAAAUCAUCUACAAAAGACCUGAGUAAUACCUGAUUCAUCCAUAUAUUUUGUAAUUAAACAUGCUCAAAACAUUUAUGUGGGCGACUCUUUAUAUGAACCUUUCAGUGAAAAUAUACGAUUUCUCAAAAUCAACAUCCACUUACAUUGUUAUAAGACAAUUAUGUAAUGAAAUACAUCACAUUUGAGCUGUCUUCUUGGCAUUCAAGGUCAGAUAAUCAAUGUUCCUCCACAUUUCAAAGGAUGUGUGCUUAAUUUUGGGGCAUUGUUACAUUAAACUGAAUAGAAAUUCAGCUCAAGUCAUAGGAUUUGACACCAGCCUUGGCUCUUCCAGGAAAGACUGCUGGCCCACGUCAUGAGAGACAGAUUGCGGUCAUCGUAGGGGGGAUAGCGCAGGGAGGUGAUACACUCCAAGUGUGUGGUUCUUAGCAGGCAUGACUUUCUAUGAGAGAACGUAUCAAAGCUGUAUCGCCCAUGAUAGGAACCAAAUCCACUAGCACCUGUGCCGACCAAAAACAAGCAAACAAAUUAGUUCUGAUAUAUUGUUACAUCAUCAUGAUAAACAUGUUUAAAGUAUACUCUGUGUAGUAACUUACCAACUCCUCCAAAAGGCAGAGUCACUAUCAGACUCUGCAGGACGCUGUCGUUGGAACAGAAGCUUCCACUUGAUGUUUCAGUCAUGAUUCUUGAAAUCACCUGGGUUAUCAGCAGUGUUGUUAAUCUUACUUUUAAAAAAAUAUCCCGUAAUUUUCGCACUAUAAGGCGUACCUGACUAUAAGUCGCCACUAGGGUUGUUCCGACCAUGUUUUUUUGCUCCCGAUCCGAUCCCGAUCGUUUCAGUUUGAGUACCAAUCCCGAUAUUUCCCGAUACGAUUUUUUUUUUUUUUUUUUUUUUGCUCCCGAUUCAAUUCCAAUCAUUCCCGAUAAUUUUUCCCGAUCAUAUACAUUUUGGCAAUGCAUUAAGAAAAAAAUGAAUAAAACUCUGACGAAUAUAUACAUCAGUGUUGUUAAUCUUACUGAAAAAAAGUAAUUAAUUAUAGUUACAAAUUACUUCUCCCAAAAAGUAAUUGCGUUAGUAACUCAAUUACCUGAAUGUAAGAGUAAUUAGUUACUUGGCAAAGUAAUUGGUGAUAAUUACUUCUUUUUUUUUUUUUCCUCAAAAAAAAAAAAAAAACAUUGGCCACACUAUGUGAAGUUUUUUGUGAAGGUUUUUGGUACAAUUGGCCAGAGCCCAAUUCUUUACCCUAAUUUACCCUUUACCCUGAAUCAGCUGUUAAAAGUUGUUAAAAUUGCUCCCAUUAUUGCAUUACUUCCCUUCUCUCUACUUUCGACAUAUGAAAGUUUUAAAACUGUUUCAUCAUUUAAAAAUAGAUUCAAGUCAAGAUUUUGCCGAUUUAGAAGUAUUUUAGAUAAAAAGUUACUUAGGUUCGCUAGGAAGGUUCUCUACAACAGAGCCGUCCUAAAAAGUACUGCUUUAAGAUGGCGGCUGUCUACUAACUCAUUUAGUGCCAUGUCUGUCAUUUUGCAUCUAGUUAUAUCUAUGUACAGUACAUGUGAUAUCUAUCAUGUCUACCAUAUCUACCAUAACAUGCGCGCGUAGUUUGUACUAGCUAUCGGCUACAACAUGUAUUAUUGGAGCUACCUAGUAUCGCGUUUGCUCGGCGUCACAACUUUCUUGCCUCCUCCAUACUCCUGCUCUGUCGUCUCGGUGAGUCCGUCUCCCUCAGACUUUUCGACCAAUAUAGUAACGCAUAGUAACGCAUGCCUUUCCGUCUUCAGUAACGGUAACGGCGUUGCCAAGAUGAGAAAAGUAAUUAAUUAGAUUACCCACUACUGAAAAAAAUAACGCCGUUAGUAACGCCGUUAUAUUGUAACGCCGUUAUUAACAACACUGAUAUACAUUCAACAUACAGUACUGUAUUUGUUUAUUAUGACAAUAAAUCCUCAAGAUGGCAUUAUUAACAUUCUUUCUGUGAGAGGGAUCCACGGAUAGAAAGACUUGUGACUUUGUAUAUUGACAAAAUAUUGCCAUCUAGUGUAUUUGUUGAGCUUUCAGUAAAUGAUACUGCAGCCAUGCCCCAAUGCAUGAUGGGAAGUGGAACCAUGAUGGGAAGUAAAACCAUGACUGUGCGUUGUGCUACCAAUGGAUAUAUAUUCUCUGCUUUGGGAAAUAACUUAAGGUGUUAAGACAAAGAUCAAUUGCCACCUUGCUUCCCUACAUUACUUCCCAUUAUAUUUCUAAUCAUAGGACGAGGGAUUGCAAGAUUUUAGCUAAUUGAAGAAAUGCUCCAAAGGCUGCCAAAAUUCACUCAGUUUGAGCUGCCUUUUAUCUCUCUACAUAGGUAAAACAGCGUCAUUACAGAUUGAGCGUGACAAUGAGUGAGAGGGUCACGUAGCGCAUAAAUUAAUAGUGUUAAAUAUUUUAAUGUGACACAUUUUUAAAUAAAUUAAUUGCCGCUGUUAUCGGGAUAUUUUUGAUAACCCUACCUUAAGCCCAAUCUAAAGACUCUGGAUGAGUGUAACAUAUUACGUCUGUAAUGUUAAAUACAAUUAGAAAACGAUUUAAUUAAAAUAUAAUAUAUAUAUAAAAAAGGCAUGGCCGAUAUUUUUUUGCCGAUUCCGAUACUUUGAAAAUUACGUGAUCGGACCAAAUCGAUCAGGACAUCUCUAGCCGCCACCCACCAAAUUUGGCAUGAAAACUGCAUUUUUUUCAUAGAUAGCCGCACCGGACUAUAAACCGCAGCUGUCUUCACUGUAUUAUGGGAUAUUUACACCAAAAGAUAUUAACCGAUAACACUUUAUUCGACAGUGGCAUCAUAAGACUGUCAUAAGACCAAAUGAACCACCAUGAAGCUUUAAUACAAUUGGCUGCAAAGCUUUAUUGCUUCAAGAAGCUUCAUUUGGCCAUCACUGCUCCCAUGGUGGAGACAGUCAACUUCUGCUGCCACCUGCUGUCAACACUGUUGUUGUCCAACAUGCCUCCUGGCAUUCAUUGCAGCGCUACGGAUGUAAAUAACAAUCAAAAUUCAUGAUCUGUGGUACCGCAUUGGCCCAAAUAUAAGACUGUGUUUUUUGCAUUGAAUAAGACUGAAAAAGUGGGGGUCGACUUAUAUUCGCGGUCUAGACAUUAUACCCAUUCACAACGCUAGAUGGCGCCAGAUUAUCAUUGAAGCGAUGUUCUGUCAUGACCGAUCUCAGCUACUCAAGUUUAACCAGUUUGCAUUAUUUUAUUGCAAUGUUUUUCCUUAUUCAGAUUUGUUUCAAGACUACAGUUAGACUUCACUUUGAUGGUUAAUGCAGUUAUUGCAAUUUUGUUGUUUUAUCACAAUAGAUUGGUUUACUUACAUUUCAAAACCAGAAGCCAUUCAUUUACGAAUGUGAUUGCACUUUAGUUUACAUAUUUAAAUGUUCAGAUAUUAAGAUUUGAAUGGGGCAAAAUAACAUGCUUUUUCUCUCAAAUAUAUUGUUACAAUCAUUUGUUUAGAGCUGAAACGAAUACUCGAGCAACUCGAGUUUAAAAACUAAUCCGAGUAAUUUUAUUCACCUCGAGGAAUCGUUUAAUUUUGCCAGCUCUAAGCAUCACAAUUUGCCCGGACUACUUUUAAUGCGGGACAACGCGCUGAUGUCACGUGCGUAGAGGAAGAAGCAAUAAAAAAAUAUAGAAAACCUUUCUGCACCCGACAGCCGCUACAAACUACGUUGUCGUUGCUAAAAACUAGCCCGCAUGAUGCAGCGGUAGCAGGUAGCAUCUGAUGAGUCUCAUAGAUAUCACAUGUAUGUUGAACUAGAUGCGAAAUGACAGAGUCAGCAGUGUUAGUAAACAGCCGCCAUCUUAAAGCAGUACACUUGUCAGCGCUAAUAAAUAAGAUUAACGUUACUGUCACUCACUCACAUACGCAACGUUAGCCCUGCGGAGGUUUCUAUUAAGACCACUGUUGAUGCGUGGCUAACGUGUCUUACAUAAGGCUUUAUUUAAUCUGUGAAAACAUAGCGCUGUAGAGUGAUGAGGGUGUAAAAUAAAAACUUAUUCAUGCUAACUGUCAAUUUUAGCUCAGUAGUCAUUGCUGGAUAAAACAGGUAGCACUGGCCCCCAAUCUGCUCCAAUACAGCAGGUAUCAUACUGUAACAUUGAAAGAGAGUCACCUGCUUCGUUACGUUGCAAUUAGUUCUUUUUUGGGAACUUGUGGAACGACAGCAACGACAAGAAGGCACGUCUCUCGCUCUCCCCACCUCCCUCACCCCUGCACGUCACGCGGUGCAUUCAGGAACGCAUGCAAAUAUCCCCGCCAUAUUAUAACCUGAUAUGUUACAAUACAUUUAUUUUGAACACUGCAAAAACUCAAAAUCCUAUCAGGACUUACAGUUUAGACUAACUUAAAUAGAACUUAAAAACGGUUUGACACAAAUGGAAAUUCAAUUCAAACACGUGGGGAAAAACACCUAACUUUUAAGUGAUGUGUGUUAUCAAGCGUAAUGGCAUUUUUAGGUAAGAAAUAUAUAUAUAUAUAUUUUUUUUUUAUAAGAUCUAAAAAAUUUUGAAGUGAAAGCAGUUAAUUGCUGUUUUUUUAUUCUAGUCACAUCUGAGUGGCAAUUGUUGGCUGUUUUCAACAAUGUACAUCGAAAACAAAGACAUUGAUUGACUGAAAAUGGUUCAAUAUUAGAUGAAAUGUCUUUUUUUCCUCAUGUAUAUUUAUAAUUGCUUUUUACCUAAAAAAUAUGUUUUAUCCGAUUACUCGAUUACUAAAAUAUUCGAUAGCUGCAGCCCUACAUUUGUUUCAAAUGUACUGUAAUUAUUUUCUGUAUAAAAAUUAAUUUGGUGUUCAAAAAGUAUUUUUUCCCCAAACUUGAGUCUUGAAAAAGAGGGGGUCGUCUUAUAAUUAGGGCCGUCUUAUAUUCGGGCCAGUACGGUAAUUAUUUCUUCAGUUUCUCUUCCGGUUGAUUCAUUAAUUACUACUUAUGAUAUUUGGUAACACUUUAUUGAGGCUGCUGUCAGUAACACUACGGUGCAAUGGUUUAAAAUCAUGCAUUGCUCAAAAGGUUCCCCUGUUAAAGCUAGUACACGUGAAGGCCCGUCUGAAGUUUGCCAGGGACCAUCUCAAUGAUUCAGAGGGGUCAUGUGGUCAGAUGAGCCCAAAAUAGAACUUUUUGGUGCAAACUUUACUUGCCGUGUGCGGAGGAAAAAGAAGGAUGACUACCAAUGCCAAGAACACCAUCCCCACUGUGAAGUAUGGAGGUGGAAACCUCAUUCUAUGGGGCUGAUUUUCAGCAAAGGGGACAGGAUAACUGGUGGAAUGUAUCGUCAGAUUUUGAGCCACAACCUCCUUCCCUCAGUCAAAGACUUGAAGAUGAGUUGUGGCUGGAGCUUCCAACAUGACAAUGAUCCGAAGCAGACAGCCAAGCUGACCAAGAAGUGGCUGUGUAAAAAGCAUAUCAAGGAUCUGGAGUGGCCUAGCCAUUCUCUAGGCCUCAAUCCAAUAGAAUUUUUUUGGGAUGGAGCUGAAACUUUCUCAAGGACGGCCCCAAAACCUGACAGAUGUAGAGAAGAUUUGUGUGGAGGAAUGGGCCAAAAUUCCCGUUUACCUAUGUGAAAACCUAGUGAAGAACUACAGAAAGCAUUUGACCUCUGUAAUUGCAAACAAAGGCUUCUGCACUAAUAAUUAGCGCUGAUUUUCUCAGGGGUACAAAUAGUUAUGAACCCCACCAAAUUAAAAAUAAAUUAUUGAAAAAAAAAAAAAAAAAAAAAAACACACAAUGCGAAUUCCGGAUAUUUUAGUCAGAUAUGUCUGUAUAAGUGGAAAUUCAUCUAUGAUUAAAAUUAUCGAAACUGUUGUGUUCGAACAGAUCCAGGUUUUUAUGAUGCAAAACAAUCUUUUUAACUCAUUUCAGUCUGGAUUUCGGCCACAACACAGCACCAAGACCGUGCUUAUCAAAGUCCUAAAUGAUAUUCGUCGGAAUACCGAUGCAGGCAAAUCAUCUGUUUUGCUACUAUUGGAUCUCAGCGCCCCAUUCGACACGGUUGAUCACAAUAUACUACUCAGCAGAUUGGAACAGUGGGUAGGGCUUACUGACACUGUUCUUCAGUGGUUCACAUCCUAUUUACAUGAUUGGGAUUUCUUUGUGUCAAUAGGAAACCAUCAGAACAAAACAAAUUCAUGUGUGGAGUCCCUCAAGGGUCAAUUCUUGGACCACUCUUAUUUAACAUCUAUAUGCUUCCGUUAGCUCAGAUAAUGGAACAGUAUGACAUCUCCUAUCACGCCUAUGCAGAUGACACACAACUGUACAUUUCUGUGUCCCCACAUGAUUAUAGUCCCUUUGUCUCCCUCAGUAAACGCAUUCAUCAAAUCAGUGAAUGGAUGUGCCAGAAUUUUCUCCUGUUAAAUGUGGUAUGAAAAGGUUGUCUGAAACCGGGCUCCUGCAUGUUCCAAGAAUAAGAACCAAGCAGGGUGAGGCAGCAUUUAGUUAUUAUGCUCCUCACCUCUGGAAGAAGUUACCUGAAGGUCUGAAGUAUGCUCAAACCGUUAGCUCCUUUAAAUCAGGGCUAAAACGCUUUUGUUUAGCACUGCAUAUCCAUAACUGUCUAUAUAUUUCAAUCUUCUUGCUUUCUAUUCCUCUUGUGCCUCCCUCCAUUGCUGAUUUUAAUUAUUAUUAGUAGUUGUAGCUUUUCUUUUAUUUAUUUUUAUUCUAUUCGUGAUUAAAUGCGAUUUUUAUGUAUAAUUUUAUUUCCUAUUUUGAUCGUCUUUGUUUUUAUGUUCUAUUGAUUUAAAUAUGAUUUUUAUGGUCUUCAUGUAAUGUAAAGCACUUUGAAUUGCCUUGUGUUGAAUUGGGAUAUAUAAAUAAAUUUGCCUUGCCUAUGAUUGUAAUUUCAGAAUUCUAUCUAUUUUCUAAGUGGGUGACCUUGCAAAAUCAGGGGUGCAGAUAAUUCUGCUCCUCACUUAUGGCAAUGUCAAAAGUCACAAAAAAGUCUGUACUGCCAGCAUAGAGCAUUAAAACAGUUUUCAAAUGCACUAAAGAUGUCCCGAUCGAUCGGGGUGCCGAUUGCCGAUCUCGUCAUUUUCAAAGUAUCGGAAUCGCCAAAAAAAUAUCGCACAUGCCUUUUUUAUAUAUAUAUAUAUAAUUUUUUUUUAAUCGUUUUCUAAUUGUAUACAACAUUACAGACAAAAUGUCUUACACUCACCCAGAGUAGUUUUGGCUUAAAGUACGGCUAUCAAAUUUAUUGCGUUAACGGCGGUAAUUAUUUUUUCUUAAUUAAUCACGUUAAAUAAUUAACUCAUGCGCUGCACGACCCACUCACGCAUUGUCGCGUUCAAUCUUUAAAGGCGCCGUUUUACCAAUAUGU